CCCCCUCGUUCCCAUCGGUGCUCAAGCUGACUGCUAUGCCUCGUCAGGCUCGAGCGACUUCGUUCGGUACAGGAACCCUAACCUCUCCGUCCCGCUCCUCCCGAUCGCCGGACACGCAUAAAGAGCUCUGUCAUGUGUUGACCUCCCCCAAUGGACGCACCGCCGGGGUUCCCUCUCCACACCCAGUGUCGUCCGACUGUCCUGCUCCUGCGCGCCUCAUCGCCUCGUACUCCCGGCGAGACACCUACAGACAACACUCGCAUCCUCGCAUCGUACGCCAGGCGGUCGACAUUCAGAGGGAUGAGUCAACGCAGCUUCGUCAGAGUGGUCGCCCCAAGUAUACGAGAUACUACCACGACGUCGUAUGGGGCCACAAACGGUGUGCGCCAGGAGAGCGAUUCAUCAUCCCAAGUCCGCCGCACGAUAGACCGACCCUGCAUAUCCACCCGCUCACAAUACCGCUUACCUGGGAUAUCCAGGACCUGGCCCCGCCAGAUACACGCGACAUUUCUGUCACUCGCCAACGCCACAUAACUUCACUCGCAACAUACGUACCGCGCAUCUCACUUACGAACGCAAUACCACCGUCACGCGCAGGUCCUAUUCAGAGGAACAUCCGACCCGUCCCAGCAUGUGCCGCCAUCCUCGACUAGGCUCCUACCUUUGCCCAUGGGAACCGUGCUCAAGUCUUUCGGUCUUUCCAGAUUGUCUCUACAAUAAUGAAUACCUGCGUUUCACGCCACGCAGAAGCCGAUCCCGAACUACUCCACAAGCACAGUGAGACGGCGCAAAGGAAGGUCCGAGGCCCGUCGAGAGGUGCAUAUAUGCGCUUAACUGCUCCGCUAUAGGGCAAAUCCUGAAAAGGCGCGGGCGACGGCUGCAGAGAUACGCCGUACCUUCACACCGGCACUGUUCUUCGCUUUACGCUCGGAGGUGCCUCCUUUUUGAGUGGUCAGGCUCCCGUUUCCGCAGUCGUCUAUCGUUGACCGAUGACCUCUUGCACCUACUCGCUUUCGAUUCCCCAGGGGUUCGACGAUGGCUCGGUCGAGAGGCCGAUGGACAAGAUCGUCGUGAUC